AUGGCUAAUGGCAGCGAGUCAGAAGAGCUGUCCGGCUCCCUUUCACAGUCAACUGUGAUCUCGACGCACCUCAAGCUGGUACUUUUGGGAUUUAUUAUUUGUGCCAGUUUAGCAGGCAAUCUCCUUGUUUCCCUGCUGGUGCUCAAAGAUCGAUCCUUACACAAGGCCCCCUACUACUUUUUGCUAGAUCUCUGCCUUGCUGACGCUGUACGCUCCUCUGCCUGCUUCCCAUUUGUCCUACUUUCUAUCCGCAAUGGCUCGGCUUGGGCAUACAGCCUGCUAAGUUGUAAAGUUGUGGCCUUCAUGGCUGUCCUCUUCUGCUUUCAUGCCUCUUUCAUGCUCUUCUGUAUAAGUGUCACACGCUACAUGGCUAUUGCACACCAUCGCUUCUACUCUAAGAGAAUGACACUCUGGACGUGCAUUGCAGUUAUCUGCAUGGUCUGGACACUAUCAGUUGCCAUGGCAUUUCCACCAGUCUUUGAUGUAGGAACCUACAAGUUCAUUCGUGAAGAAGACCAAUGUAUUUUUGAGCACCGCUAUUUCAAAGCUAAUGAUACUCUUGGAUUUAUGCUCAUGCUAGCUGUGCUCAUAGUUGCAACUCAUAUAGUCUAUGCCAAACUGCUCCUCUUUGAAUAUCGCCAUCGUAAAAUGAAGCCAGUACAGAUGGUGCCAGCAAUCAGCCAAAAUUGGACAUUCCAUGGGCCAGGAGCUACUGGGCAGGCAGCAGCUAACUGGAUAGCUGGAUUUGGUAGAGGGCCAAUGCCUCCGACUUUGCUGGGAAUCCGUCAGAACACCCAUACUGCCAACAGGCGUCUUUUGGGAAUGGAUGAAUUUAAAAGUGAGAAGAGGUUGGGGCGGAUGUUUUAUGGGAUCACCCUCAGCUUCUUGGUGCUUUGGUCACCCUAUAUUGUGGCCUGUUAUUGGAGGGUAUUUGUCAAAACCUGCAGCAUUCCUCAUCGUUACUUAUCCACUGCAGUGUGGAUGACAUUCACUCAGGCUGGGGUCAACCCCAUUAUGUGUUUCCUUCUCAACAAAGACCUGAAGAGCUGUCUACAGCUCCACAUCCCCUGCUGGAGGACGAAAGCAUUGCUACCCAGGGAGCCUUACUGUGUAAUGUAA